CUCCCGUCGCUCUCUUUCCUUUCGAGCUGUCAAAGCGCCGAAGACGUGUGUGCGUGUUAUUUUCGACUGCAUUUGUUUAAAAAAGUGGAAUAACAUUUAAUAAAACCAUGACUUCGCAUCCGGUUUUCAUAGACCUCUCCCUGGACGAGCAGGUGCAAGAGCUGCGCAAGUAUUUCAAGAAGCUGGGAGCCGAAAUCUCAUCGGAGAAGUCCAACAAAGGAGUGGAGGAUGAUUUGCACAAGAUCAUCGGCGUCUGUGAUGUUUGCUUCAAGGAUGGGGAGCCCUCGCAGAUUGACGGCAUCCUGAACAGCAUUGUGUCUAUUAUGAUCACGAUCCCCCUCGAUCGCGGCGAGAACAUUGUGCUCGCCUACUGCGAGAAGAUGACCAAGGCUCCCAACCACCCACUCGGCAAGGUGUGCCUCCAAUCGCUGUGGCGCCUGUUCAACAACCUGGACACCGCCUCUCCCUUGCGCUACCACGUCUACUACCACCUCGUCCAGGUGGCCAAACAGUGCGAACAGGUGCUGGAGGUCUUCACCGGAGUGGACCAGCUCAAGUCCCAGUUCGCCAACUGCCCGCCGUCGUCGGAACAGAUGCAGAAGUUGUACCGCCUGCUGCACGACGUGACCAAGGACACCAAUCUGGAGCUGUCCUCCAAGGUGAUGAUUGAGCUGCUGGGCACGUACACGGCGGACAACGCGUGUGUGGCCCGCGAGGAUGCCAUGAAGUGCAUUGUGACCGCUUUGGCCGACCCCAAUACAUUCCUGCUGGAUCCUCUGCUGGCACUGAAACCAGUGCGCUUCUUGGAGGGCGACCUCAUCCACGACCUGCUGUCCAUCUUCGUGUCGGAGAAGCUGCCGGCGUAUGUGCAGUUCUACGAGGACCACCGGGAGUUCGUCAAUUCGCAGGGUUUGAACCACGAGCAGAACAUGAAGAAGAUGCGCCUGUUGACCUUCAUGCAGCUGGCCGAGAGCAGCCCCGAGAUGACCUUCGAGACGCUGACCAAGGAGCUGCAGAUCAACGAGGACGAGGUUGAGCCCUUCGUCAUCGAGGUGCUGAAAACGAAGUUGGUACGCGCCCGCCUGGAUCAGGCCAACCACAAAGUUCACAUCUCGUCCACGAUGCACCGAACCUUCGGAGCGCCGCAGUGGGAGCAGCUGCGCGAUCUGCUGCAGGCCUGGAAGGAGAACCUCAGCACAGUGCGCGAGGGCCUGACGAGCGUCUCGUCGGCGCAACUGGACCUGGCUCGCACUCAGAAGCUGAUACACUAGGCACGCCACUCCCCAAAACUGCAAUGAUGAUGAUGAUGAACAAAUGCUAGCCUCGGGGCAAUGGAAUUACGACCUAAAUUAUUUUCAAGAGUGCGUGGUUUGGAUAACUUGAAUAAAUUUAUAAGUAAAAUCGUU